UUAUGAACGAGAUCUACAUGAAGCACUGAACGUAUUUUGCUCCUCGAUAAGUGUUGAUCAAGUGUCGGAAGGUUCAAUAUAAAAAAAAGGGUUGUUUUUUUUGUUGCAGUGAAUGUCAAGUGCCAAGCAAAAAAAUAACUUUUAACUAAGUAACAAUCUUGGAACAGUGUUAAAUUUGAAACCACUGAGAGUGCCAUAACCGUUUAUUCUAUCACAUUCUUCAUACAAACACGUAAAAGAUAUGGCUAGCAGUACCAGACGAAAAGUCGCCGUUAAGUUGCGUAUUUCCGUGGCAUUUGUGAUGAUAUUUGGAGCUCAAUUGAAAGGAAGUGUCAGGGCUAGUGAAGACGAAUCACCGAGCAUCAGUUACAUCAAUCGCGAAGCUUUGGGAAAGAAAAUACUGCCCAACUUUGCAUCAGUUCACCUCGGCGAAAGCGUACCCGAACAGUAUCGCGCAGCUGCAAAUGGAUUCGAUCGGCUUUGGAAGGAGCAUGUGACUGGAAUCAAGGAAUACGACAUCGUCAAAGACGUCCCAUUUACAUUGAUAGUACCAGAUAAAAUAGACGAAACGGUUUUCGAGAGCAAUGAGCCUAAAAUACGCGAGUUUCUUCUUGAACACGUGGUACCAGGUGCACUGGUGGAGGUGAAAGAUCAAAACACCUAUAUUAACCUUAAUCAGCGUCCUGUCCAUGUGAACUUAUCUUGCUUUGAUAUGCUGAUGGCAUACGAAAUCAACCAAAGCGCUAAAGUACUCACCAAACGCAAUAUUACAGAAAAUCUUAGUCUUGUGUUCAUCAUUGGAAAUCUCACUGAGUCGGACAACCAAAGUUCGUCGGCGAAUAAGUUCAAUAAACGAAAUAUUCAAGAAAACAAUCGUUACAAUGAGCCUCAACGAUUGGAAAUGAAAAACACCACCAAAGAACUUGCUGCCAAUAAAGAGAAUCGGAUUGGACAACAUUUGAUGAACUUCCUGACCGGCAUGAAAUCGGGCACCAAAGUCUUCCAACAUUUCCUUUCCAACUCUAACUUGAGCCAGUUGAUGGACGAUAGCUCGUACAUGGUGUUUAUACCGUCGGACACCGCUUUUCAACGGUGGCAUCCUAUCGACUGGGGAUUUUAUCCCUUUAGCGUGCAGGAGUUUACUGAAACAGUUCUGCGUAAUCAUUUUGUGCGUGCUAAGCAACCUCUACGUAUGGCCGAGCUGCGUGCAACCCAUACAGAGCAACGAUUUAAAACGCUUGGUGGAGAGUAUAUCGUGCUUACGAAUAAACCUUCGCCUAAUGUGAACAAUGUGAGCAUUCUUUCCGAUUACACACUUUCCAAUGGCAUCGAGGUAUUUAUUCUAUCGGAAGUUCUAUUCGUUUCGGAAGCAGUUGUAUCUCGUUUGCACCAGAUGCAUAAGGAUAAGGAAACACCUCCUUUGCUGGCUUUUCCAUGGUUUGGCGCCCAAUUUUUAUCGCAUUCAUUUUUGGCUCUUGAACGAGAUACACGGUUUACGCAAAUUACUCGUUUUCUCAACACCGCAGAAAUUGCACAAUUCAUCUCCGGAUCAAAUUACACUUUCUUUGUUCCCACCGAUGAUGCAUUCGAACGAUACAGCUUUGAUUUGCUUCCAGACAACGUGCUCGCUUCCGAGAAGGGAAUAAAAAUGUUGCUGAACCAUUUCAUCCGUGGAAGACUGUACGAUCGUGAUCUAAAGGAUGGGGAGCUAAUCGACACGAUCGGUGGAAUGCCGGUAAAGAUUCAACGAUCGUUCGAAAACAACGUUCUCGUCAAUAGUGCUCGUAUUGUGGAGUCGGAAGUAUUUGUCUAUAACCUUGGAACUAUGUUCUACGUUGACGAUGUACUUUACCCAGAUUUGCUAAAAGAUGAAGUAAAAACGAUCAUGGACAUGAAAAACGUGGACAGAAACGUGCCCGACAGUAUCAGUGGCAACGAUGCUUACACCACCGAACAAACCCCGCCAAUAACGGAUCGAUCCUCUUCCACCACAUUCCGGUCAUUGUACGGUUUGCUUACCACGAAUGCUGAUGUUGAGCUCGUGCCGUUGGAAGUUACUGAAACUAGUAAACCAAAUAGUAACGAAGAUAGCUCUCAGCUCCAGGACGACGAAAUUAUCACUCCUAAGGCGCUUCCACUAAAAUUUUUCUACGAUCCGAAGAAGUAGAUGCAUAUAGCACAACUUUUUCCUACAAAAAAAACAUUAUUUCCUUCGCCGUCACCAAGAAUAGUGUUUCGAUAGAAACAUCGUUUAUCAUUUACGCAACAUACAACCAGUUUCCAGCCACUUUAAAGCACUCAAAUUAUGGCUAGCCAUGGAAUAGUUUUAACACAUCGGUGCGAAUUGAAUACUUUUUCAAGGUAUGAUUAUUUUUUGUUAUAAAGUGAACCAAAAUCAUAUCACUUUAUACAGCAAUCUUCCUGAAUAUUUGUUUUAUUUCUAAAUCUUUUUUCAAAAUUUUUCUAACAAGUAAAAUGUAAUUUCAUUUGCAUAGUUUUUAAGCUAACAACUGAAAAGUAAAGUAUUUAAAAACAUAGCAACCAUCUAUAAAACAUGUUUAAAAAGCGUUAAUAAUACUUGAGUAAACAAAUACGCUAAAAAUAGAAAUCUAUAUAAAGAUCUUCAAAUUACUAAAGUGGAUGAAAAUUCGAAAGUAAACAUUGCGGAACAACAAUGUGCUGUCUAUUGAAACCUGUUUAAUCGUAGUAAACAUGCAGUUAGCUUCUACUAUUAGUGUUGAAAUUUAAUAGUAAUCUAACAGCUUUUAUCCAACUCAACUGUUUCUUUCCCGAUUAUACAGGGUCUAGUAACACUUCGACUAAAGACAUUCAACAGAAGGUUUUAUAAUCAUUGUUAGUUUUACCCUGAAUCUACAAGAAACGAAAUUAUGUGAAAUCCACAAUCCUAGGUACUAAGUACAGGAAUCUCAUUAAGUUAAGUGUAGCUAUACUGCGUAGUUAUGAGACUACGCAUUCUAUUUAUUCUCUUGAUUCAAACUGUACCCCCUUUUCUCUUUGUAUCUAUUUUUGGUCACAUGUCACUAAACUUUUUUUAACAUGACUAUGCUAUUUUUAAUCUUUAAAAGGAAAACGACAUAUCAAAACUGA